AUGGAUAAACAUAACAGUUCAGAGUUGUUAAGUUCUGAUUUUUCAUUAUCAAAGAAUGCCAGUUCCGAUUCGUUGGACUCGGACUCAAAAUCGAGUUCAUUGAAUUCUAAACACGGACAAGAUUCCCCUCAUGUGCUGGGUGACAUCUAUUUACUGGAUGGAGAGAAAGUUACAAGUGUUGCUCGAGAUGUGACAUAUCUUUGCCCUUACAGUGGCCCUUCCCGGGGUGUGCUGAAAGUGACCAAUUAUCAGCUACAUUUCAGACCUACAGAUGCAGUUCCAUCACAGGGUACUCUCAGUGUGCCCCUGGGUGUUGUUUCUCGAAUAGAGAAGGUAGGUGGAGCAUCAUCAAAAGGAGAAAACUCUUAUGGCAUUGAAAUAUUUUGUAAGGAUAUGCGAAAUUUGCGAUUUGCACAUAAACAGGAAAAUCACUCACGUCGUGGCAUAUUUGAAAAAUUACAACAGUUAGCCUUUCCACUAUCACAUAGAUUCCCACUAUUUGCAUUCAGUUAUUCUGAGAGCUUCCCCGAAGAUGGCUGGCAUGUGUAUGAACCUAUUGCUGAACUCCGAAGAAUGGGUGUGAACAAUGAUAUGUGGCGUAUCACACGAAUCAAUGACAAAUAUGAGGUCUGCGAUAGCUAUCCUUCAAUAUGGGCUGUACCAGCGGCUGCUAAUGAUGACUUACUUCGUGCUGUGGCCAGCUUCAGAUCAAGAGGAAGGAUACCAGUUUUGGCAUGGAUACAUCCUAGCUCACAGGCUACAAUAACCAGGUGCAGUCAGCCUUUGGUUGGGGUCAGCGGUAAACGCAGUCGCGAAGACGAACGCUAUAUUCAACUCAUAAUGGACGCUAAUGCACAAGCGCACAAACUGUUCAUCAUGGAUGCUAGACCUACUGCUAAUGCAGUAGCCAAUAAAGCCAAAGGAGGAGGAUAUGAGUCAGAAGAUGCAUACCAGAACGCCGACCUUGUCUUCCUGGAUAUACACAACAUUCACGUGAUGAGGGAAAGUCUGCGAAAACUCAAAGAACUCUGCUUCCCUCAAAUAGACCAGACCAGAUGGUUCAGUGGUAUUGAAGCUACCUGUUGGCUGAAACAUAUCAAGUGCAUUCUGGCUGGAGCUGUACGAAUCGUUGACAAGGUGGAGAAUCAUAAAACCUCAGUGUUGGUCCACUGCUCAGACGGGUGGGAUCGUACGGCGCAACUUACCGCCUUGGCGAUGUUGAUGCUUGAUCCCUACUACAGAACACUCAGAGGAUUCGAAGUACUUAUCGAGAAAGAGUGGCUGUCCUUCGGACAUAAAUUCCAAUUGCGUAUCGGUCACGGUGACGAGCGACACUCUGACGCGGAUCGUUCUCCUGUCUUCGUACAAUGGGUGGACUGCGUGUGGCAAUUACAACAACAGUUCCCUACAGCCUUCGAGUUCACAGAGAGACUGCUCAUCACUAUAGUUGAUCACUUGUACUCGUGUAGAUUUGGUACAUUCCUCUUCAACACGGAAAGGGAAAGAGUUAAGGAGGAAGUAAAAACUAAGACUGUCUCUCUCUGGUCGUACAUAAAUAGUCGCCAGGACUUGUACCUAAAUCCGCUGUAUUGGGGGCCUUCCUCCUUCGGGGCCAGCUCACCGCCCUCGCCAUACUCGCGCCCUCAGGUCGUCUUGGUCCCAGUAGCAUCGCUCAGGCUCAUUAAGCUGUGGAAGGCGCUGUAUUGUCGAUGGAAUCCUACCAUGAGGCAGCAGGACCCAAUCUACCAGCGCACCCGCGAGCUGGUAGCGCUCCGCGCGCAGCUGGAGGCGGCGGCGGCGGCCGCAGCUGGCGACCACGCGGCGCGCCAGCACCGCCUCGGCCUCACGCCGCCGCGGGUCGCCAGCCCACACCACGUAUGA